AUGGCUGUACAACAACAAGAGAGUUCUUAUUUGAGUAAUGGUGAGGCAGUGCAAAGGGAUAUAAAGGAGUCAUUGGCACGUGAUAAGAAGAGUUUAGAACGCUGCAAAUCAUGUGACUGUGGAAAGAUUAUUGAUUGCACUUCUCGGUUCUUGUUUCCAUUUGCCUUUGUUUUGUUUAACGUGUUUUAUUGGUACCGCUAUUUGAGUUAAUGAUCCCUUAGAAGCUGCAAAGUUUUCGCAUAUACAUGGUCCUCGAUCGUCCUCGAUUGGCAUUUCUGCAUAUCAUACUCAGUCUCAUUCAAUAAUUGUUAAAUUAUGAUUAAAUAAUGAUUUUGUUUUCUCAUUUUUAUAUAAACUUCACGUUUCGUAUACUAGUAAACAUCAGUACAUUUUCAAAAAGGAUCUAAAGUGACCGUUACAUAGCACUUUUGAAAAUGUCCGUUCAGAAUAGCAUACGAAACGUCAAGUUUAUAUAAAAAUCCGAAAGCUCACAAUGUUUAGCACCGCUGUUUGUGUUCUAUUUCUGAUAAAACUACGAUAUAAUGCCCCAAGAACAAAAGUCUUUAUGACAUUGUUCUCGAUUAUUUGUAAGAACAACAAAGCAGCAACAACAAGAAAGGACAAACUAAACUACGUGGCACCGGAACUCACUUCCCUGAAAAAAUCAUCAUUAUAAAGGUAGUUUCAAUUUAUGAUCGAUAAGAUGGGAACAGUAUUGCCCAGUCUCUCGGGCCAGGAACUCAAACAAAAGACGCUUGAACAAUGUACGUAUAAUUAUAUCAAAUAAAUUUACAUUUCAUUCUUGUAAGAUCUUCUGCACAAGAUGUUUACAAUUAAAUUUCAUUUUAUCGUCUCAUUUCCGCGUAAUUUUUCUAGCCUGCGAACGGCAGACGUUUCUCCUAGCUCAUCGCCGCUGAGGGACGUUUCGCGAAACGUCCCUCAGCGGCGAUGAGCGAGUAGAAAUUUCUGCCAUUCGCAGUCUAAAUUUUUCAAAACGGCCCCUCCACCGACAGUGAGUGUAGAUUCCAGCUUAUAUCGCAUGGAUUGAAGAGUUUUAAUCUAAGGAGAUUUCGCUGUAAUUCUGCAAUUCCCCCCCCCGCCCCCCUUCCACUCGAAAAAAAAAGAAAAUGAUAAUAACAUUUAGGAGAAAUAAAGACCGCCGAUUAUGAUUGAAAAUAUGCCGGAAGGCGAAUGACAGUGUGACGAAAGAAAAAAAAAUUGGCCCUCAAUUGACGUUAGCACGCGUAGAGUGAUAAGGUACGUUGGGUCCCUAUAAUCUUAGCGGGAGGCCUUCGGUAAGAAGUACCUCAUUGAUGGAUAUUUGAGAGCAGAAUAAUACUGAUGAGCCAAAAAAAUAGUUAUUUCCAGUCAGGUCAGUCUAAACACAGACAAAAAUAAUUCUAUUGCCUUGUUCGAGUCGUAUUCAUUAAAGGUUAAUUGUAAUAAUGUUCGACCUAAAAGGGUCAUGUAAUAUUGGAAAUGAAAAUGAUAAUAUAUCUUAAGGCUAUAAAAUACUGGAUGAUAUAUCCAUCUAUUAUUGUAACUUUCACAUAUUAAAUUGUACCAAUUGAAAUUAAAUUUGAAACGUAGAACGAUGCUUAGAAGAGACUAGAGGGUCAAAGUCCAUUUUUAGUAUAGCAGCUGAAGGAAGUUCAGUGUACGUUUUUCAAAUUGAGUAAUUGCUAACCGAGGCUACGGAAGCUCUAACGGCCACACACAGUGUUGAUAAAUAGUUCUAUCGAUAGGAACUGAUUGAGGGUAGCUUUAAAGGGCUGCCUCUGUUUUGACACCAACUAAUAAUUUUUAAGGGCUGGGACUGAAGACUCCUUUGGUUACGUAAUGCUGGGCUCAAAAUACUGUGAGAAUUUACCCAAGAAGCCAUCGUUGGUUGGAACUGUGCUUCUUGUUUGUAUUUUUUGUGGGUAAGUUAUUGUGAAUACUUCAAUUGCUUUAAUUUUCUGAAAAUUUUAAACCAUAAGCUGUCGAUCUGACUUCAAGAAUUGUCGAAUGAUUCAGUUGUUAAAAAACCGUGUUCCAAUUUUUACCUUUCCAUUGGACGAAAAUGCUCUGCAGGUUGACGAAAAAUAGCCUUAUUGAUGUUGCAUGCUCUUAACUAAAUAUCAUUUUUAAUACAGAACUGGUUGUCUUCUAUUCUCUAUUUAAUGAAAAUUCAAAAUAUUCUUUUAUUACUUGUAAUCAUACUGUCAAUUAUCAAUUUCUCAGGGUUUUUUUUGUAUUGAACAGAUUUGCUGGCGUAAAGAAUGAGAGACAAAAUCAUAGAAUUGAGAAAAAUAGUUUCGUGAAUAAUUCUAAACAGCUUAGGUUCUCUUUAAGACUACAGGAUAGGAAAAAUUUAUAUUUAAUAUUCAUGGCCCUAUUUCCUUUUUGUUUUGCUUUGUAGUUCUCGCUGUAUGUGGUAACAGACACUAUGUAUUUAAAACUGACCGAAGAUCAUUGGUCUUUUAAAAUAGCUAGCGUGUAGUCAUCAUUAUAUAGUGACGUUACUAGAGCAAUGAUUAUAAGAAUAUUAGUGAAUUACAUUAAAAUUUAUAUUUCCAAUCAAAAUAAAAUGGUGGUCACGAACCCUUCUAGUGACUUGUAGAUAAGCAGAAUUCCUGUUUUCUUGGCUUGCAUGCUCACAGCUUGAUUUGAAUCGACUUAAAAACUGUGAAAAGUCAAUCUGUUUAAUAACCUCUAGGGGGUGUUGAGCAAUUUCUGAAACCGUGCCGACUUUUAAUUUUCACGAAAACCUCUUAUUAUAAAUUAAUUAUCAAAUACACAAUACACUUACGUCUUACAUGUCUCAUGCCGACAGGUCAAGGUUUUUUGCAAAUACGUGCAUAUAUUUCUGGAAAAUAUUUACACAAAUUGUAGAGUAAGAAAAAAAGAAAGGAAGAAAAGAAAAUAAAGAAAAUUGAAAGGAAAAGAAGGGAAAGAAAAGGGAAAUUGUUUCAAAUAUUAUGUUCUUUGCCUUUUUAAGAUAUAAUCUAUAAAUAAUUUUGCAAUUGCUGCUGUUGAAAAAUUAUCCUGUAUUCGUUGAAAAGAUAACAAUUUCAGACAAACGUCACAAUCCGCAAGAGCUUUCCAAGAGAACUCGGCACUAUGUAUUUUUUUUUUCCGGUACGUUCAGCAGGUUCGUUGCAAAUCUGUUAAGUAAAGUAUAUACUACACAAAGCUUUGGAUAAGAAUUUGUAUUUAUAGGUGUGAGAGGGACAGCCGAAAAUUCCAGAAAAAAAAAUGAUUGGGGUUUUGCUCUUGUCAUUAUUAAAGGCUUGUGAGAACGUAAACACAUGUGCUUUGUUGUCCUCCAGACAAAUAUUACGCUGAUUUUUUUUAUAAUGACACAGAUUAUGUAACUUUAGCGUUUGCCAUUAAUUAACGAGACGUCUGAACAUGUUUAAGGUUGGUAAUACUGCUUAGUUAUUAUUUUAAAAUGCUUGAAAGGAGCAUGCGCGAACGUUUUGCUGCAUUGUAUGAGUUAAAAAAGAGGGGUUUUGUAGUCGCCGAUUUUGGCCACCUCUUUUGGCGAAAUUUCCAGAGUUUGGUUAUAACUAGAUCACUGGUAAGUACAGUCCCACAAAAUAAAUCUAUCAUAUCGCAACACAAUAUUUUUUUUCCUUAAAGCUCAACGGGAGGUCUAGCAAGGAAUACUACUCAAGGGCUUCUGUUCUCUAACUACGAUAAAGAUGUCAGACCAAAUGAUGGAGGUAGGAUGGCAGAGAUGCCUACCUUCGGAGUUCUAAAAUCUUGAUGUGUUCUUUCUUUUGGCAUUAUACCCCAAGAUACCCACCGCCCCCCCCGAACAUAAACACAAAUCGACCCAGUCCUAUCAUGCGUGUUACCCAGCACAUGAGGUCUUACAUGUUUCGCUGGUUUUUACAAAACAGUUUCUUGUCACUGAUGAAAUACUCGCAAAAUUGGCACAGAAACCUACCCAAGAAUGAGAUUUUUUAAAUUUUUUGGAAGAUGGGCUAAAAGAAAGAAAAGAUCAAAAUUUAAUUUUAUCUGGGAGAUUUGGUGACUCGUAGACCGCGAUUUUUUAGCCGUAUCUGGGGGGGGAGUAUAUAAGGUAUAGAUAUACGCAUAUACGCACAUAAUUUAGGAUGCCGAAGCAAAACGUUCCUCUUUGAUUAUAAAAUCAUUGUUUUUGUUGUAUCUUUGAUGUUAACUUGUUAUAACGACGAUAUUCAUCAACUGAUACAGCAGACAAUAGUCAAUGUUGGAAACGUUUGUGUUGCAGUUGCUCCAGUCUUACUGAAACUUGAUCUGUACGUAGAAUCAUUCGCCAACAUUGCUGAAGCCAACAUGGUAACUUUUAAUAUCAAUUUUUCUUUAUUCAUAGUUUCAGGUGAUAAACUUCACCAUGGUUAAUAGAUCUUAAUAGCUUGAAAUAUAUGCUUUUAUCUUAUUAAUAGAACUUUCUCUCUUUAAACACAGCCCUAUUGUUCUAUACGUAUGAAUUCGGGCUCUGACCUGUGUAAAGUGUGGUAGCUUCAGGGUAAAUAAGUAUAGGUAAUACCAUGAUUUGUAGUGAUAUUUGGUGUAAAUACCACGAGUGAUAUUUCGAAAUUGUUAAACGUAAUUUCACUAGCCGUUAGACGAGUAAAAUUUGAGACAAUUUUGAAAUAUCACGAGUGGUAUUUAUUCCAAAUAACACGUACAAAUCAUGCUAUUAUCAGUUUAUACUACUACCCGCAAAGGGUUUGUAAUUUUCACAUGUAGGUAUUUCAAAUUAAGCUGAAAUACCACUGCUCUAAGCCAAUCAAAUCACAGAAAUUUCUCAUGUAGUAGUAUAAUUUUUGUAAUCGUAGCAGACUCCUGAGUAUCGUGAAUCUCAAUGCGUGUAAAUUUCUCGUUUUAAACAGGAGUACACAGUGUUUGGCUACCUUCGCCAUUACUGGACUGACAAGCGAUUUGCUGGCAAAUCCAAUAAAACCAUUCGUCUGCAAGGUUCGGCUAUUGAGCACGCGUGGACUCCUGACACCUACAUCAGCAAUUCAAGAGAAUCAAAUAUUCGAGUGAAAGAUUCAGAAUCAGAAAGCGUGCUCGAAAUAUGUCCAAAUGGAGGGGUUUUCUAUUCAAAAGGGUUAGUUAUAGACCCAGAGGGCAAUACCAUGCCUUUAUAUUUAGACAUGUUUCACUAAGAAUAGUCAGGUUUCUAAUUUGUUUAGACUGGGAGUAAUUCAUAAGAAGAACGUCAGUUUCUGUUUCAAGUAUGGGUAGUGUAGGGAAGUGUGGUGCCCCAGAUUAGAGAAGGAUUGCAAAAUGUAGCUGAAAUUGGUCUGGCACCAGGUGCAAUGGCUGCAGGGCCGUCACUUUACAAUGUCUCAACCCCCCCCCCCCAAAAAAAAAAAUUCAGAGUUUCUACCCUGGGUUGAAAAUAGCGAUUUUUAGGCCCCCACCGACGAAUAUUGUGGCGUGAAUGCCACACCCAUCACUCCUGAGGAGCUGGAAAUGAUUUUCACCAAGAAAGCCCCUUUCAACGCUUAUUGACAGUAGUUGCUGUAAUGUCUGACGUCAUGUCAAUGGUACCAAGUCAAGCCAGUUUUGUCAAAUUUCAUUUUCACCCAAAAAGGAAAACAGAGUAUGGCAAAAUAACUGGCAUAAUGCUUAGUUAUAGACAAGACUUACAGAUAUCAAGCAUGUCAAAUAUGCUUAUUUUCUUAGCCUGCGAGCGACAAGGGGUGGAGGGGGUAUAGAUAAUGGAAAAGGAAUCUAAAAUGCUAAGGCAACGGUAGCCAUGGGGUUCACUGCGGUUGGAAUUUAAAUUCUUUAACCUUUUUCGUUAACUCUUCCCCCCACCCUCCCUCCCGAUAUAUGGUCUCUGGGGACUUAAUCGCAAGCUAAUACUUUCUAAACUAUUAGCAUAGAUCUGAAAUUUUAUGAAAGUCCAUAUGUAGUCAACAUCAGUUGGCUAUUUUGAGAUCUCCUCACAUGUUUACUAUUAUGUCUAACCUUUGAGAAAUAACAGCAAAACCCAUAGCUACUACCCCGGCUUAAACUGGCCGUAUCGCGAAAAAAGGGCGGAUGGUGGCAUGUAUUUCUUUAACCUCCAAAACAUUUUUCUGUGUAUUUAGGGUCAAGAUUGUUGCCUCUUGUGACAUGAAAUUGGAAAAUUUUCCGAUGGACACUCAAAAAUGCAUGUUGAUAUUUGGAAGCUGUAAGUACUAUUUGCACCAUAGAAUAAAUUUUCGUUAUCCUUUAGCACCCUUUAUGUAUUUUAGUAGGUUUUUAAUUUUUUUUCCCUUGUUAGACGAGAGAUGGCUGCCUAACCCCAGUAAAGUUGUUGCUUUUGCAAUUGGCAUCUCGAAAUGUUCACGGAUACCCAUGAACGCCAUUUUUUUCAGUAGUUCUCGCAAGAUGAACCAGCUUGGCCGCAGCGCCUGUAAACGAGGACGAUCGAUGGGAUAUUGGCUAGAAACGAGGCUGCUUGGUCAAUAUACCAUCCCAUCGCUACGUAUUUUAUUGCUCCCAUCUUCCAAGUUUGGUCAACGACAGCUGGUUAUAAAGAGUAAGCGAGGGGAUUUGAGCCAAUUAGGAAUGGCGAACAAUUUUAGAUGAAUACUAAUGAAUAGGCCACUUCCUAUAAGACAGAAGUACUAUAAGACUUAACCAUGUUUUUCAUUAGAUGGCCACACCACCGAAGGCUUGAUCUACAAAUGGAAGGCCGAUACUGUGAGUGUUGAAAAGAAAAGCCUCGCCCAAUUUGACAUGAAGAGGGUGCAGCUAAACUCAAAAAACGUGACUUACAUUAGCGGUUAGUAAUUCUUCUCAUGAUACCUAUCCAUUUACCGCACGGGGCUCUUGUAUUCUGUCUAUCGCUGGGACGCCUUCACCUUUCCGCAGUUUGAAGAGUCUUUAGUAGUUGCAGGUUUUGUUCGUUCUCAAAAGCGUAUCUUCGAAUAUUUUAAAAAAGGCCAUUUCUGGAUUGCCCAAGGGCCUCUGUUUCAGAGCGAGGUUAAGUGCGAAUGUAGUAAUAAUUAAGAAAAUGAUUUUUUUUAAUUCUCAUUCAAAUGACACUCAUUUUUACAAAUGAUUUUGCACUUAAAUAUAUCUUCGUUUUGAAAGUGCAUGUUUUUGGAACUCAGAAAUUCAGAAAUGUUAUAUUACUGUGCCUACAUGUCUUCAGAAACAAGGACGUGAAACUCGGAUAAACGUUCGUAAAAAACUAUUUGACCCAUCCUUAGUUGAAAAUAAUAUGACUUUAGACGUCUAGAGUGGAAGCGGGUUUCUUGGACAAGGACGUAUGUACCUUAACAAAGCUAGGCUGCCGUGUAAGGGCCCGUUUACAUGGAGUGGGGGACCCCGGUCUAGUGGGGAUGGCUUCUUUUGUUUUCACGCUCUGGAGGACACAAAACAAAGGAAACCUACCCCACUAGACCGGGGUCCCCCACUCCAUGUAAACAGGGUCUUCGUUAGUGGUUUUGAGGGGGGGGGGGUGUACUCCCAUACAUUACCUAUACGGGUAUGUGCCGUGAUUUUGAAGCUCCUGAUUUAGAACGGGGUAUCCAUUUCAGAGGCGUUUCUAGAACGGGGCAUAGAAAAUUGUGGAUCACGGCUUUAUUCUCUGCUUAAAAUUGCUGCUGAUUAUGAAGAAGCAUUUAUUUCAUGUAUAAGUCGAAGAAAUAAGGAAAUAUGUUUUUUAAAAAACAGGGUUAUUUCAAUUUACAAACUUUCUAGAACGGAGUAUAAAAAAUUGGCCCAUUUCUAGAACGGGGUAUCAGUUUUAGGGGAAUUUUUUUUUUUAGAACGGGGUGCAAAUUUGGAGUCCCAGGCGGCACAUACCCACCCAAAAAAUCCCAAGUGCCCCCCCCCCGGGUUUUGAGGUUUGCUUUGGCUUUCUAAACUUCAUAGACCUUUCCCGCAUUACGCUCCAGUGAACAAACACAAAGAAAUGAGGACGAGGCUCGGGUGGACAGUUUCAUACAAAUCACUGUAUUUUGUCCACCCGAGCCUCGAGUUGGUGCCUUUGUUCACUGGAAUGCGGGAAAGGUCUAUUGUGACGCAAUCAACAUUCCUGAAAAUUUUCACGUGUUCACGAUUUCCUGAGUUUGACAGUAAUUAACAGGGCAAUUAACCUGAAAUUUGCAGGGACAUUCAGCAUUCUUCGCGUCACUUUCAGCUUUAAAAGACGCAUUGGUUAUUACGUCACCCAAGUCUUCUUCCCAGACGUCCUUGUGGUUACAAUAAGUUGGAUAAUCUUUUGGUUAGACCAAGAUGACAUGGGUGGCCGAGUUGGCCUGGGAAUCACAACAUUACUAACCAUCAUGUUUCUGUUGGGCUCUGUAAACAUGUCGCUACCUCGUGUGAGUUAUCCCAAGGCCAUUGACUGGUACCUUAUCGGAUCGUUUCUGUUUGUAUUCCUCGUUUUGAUGGAAUGUAUCUUAGUGUACAUUUUGCGUCCAAGAAAGCCACAACGCAAGAACGGUAAUCAAAAAAUGGACAAUGGUUUGGAAAUUGAUUCCAUAAAUAAUCUUCAGGUAGGCAUGUUUAAGAAUUUUUCCUCACAUUAAAAAAUGACACUCUUGCAGCUUCAAAGAAGAUUGAAUGUUCUUUUAAUACUUUAUCAACACAACAAAGAAAAAGAAUUAUUUGAAAACUAUAGUGGCACCGCAACAAUUGCAUGAUGGCAAUUUACUGCUUGUGUGUUAGCUGAUCAUAAAUGGGUCAUAAAUCCGUAUGUUGUGAUUGGUCAGCCGAGGAGCUUAUUAAAUUGGAUGACUAAUAAUGAGAUGGUAAGGUUUGUUUUUCAUCAAAAGAAAGCAAAAACAAUAACGACAACAACAAAUUUUAAUGCUGAGAAGGAGCUAAGUUCACUAACAACAACAACAACAACAUUUCUUUUCUUUAUUAUUUAUGAGAUAUGAAGUAGUGCUGGCACGGAAAGUAGAAGAAACACUCAUCCAGGGGGUCAGGCAUCACGAAGCAUAAUUUCAAGGAUGGACAGAAUUCUAUCUCAUUGUCGCCCUUUUUGAUAUAAGCACCAUUCAAAACUGAAUUUAUGUCGUUUUUCUUUUUUUCGAAAUUUAUCAGGUACUGGUGGCCAAUCUAUGGAAAGGAUAUAAGGCUAAAAUGAAUUAGUAAAAUCCAACUAGUGGUGUAUUAUCAAUGCUGCAUUCUGAUUGGUUGAGCUACUACUAGGCUAUAUGUUAUAGCCCACUAGUAGCGAAAAGCGCCAGCUUUUUGGCGGAAAAAAAGAAUUAAAGGGGCUGUGUCACGGCAGUCUAGUUCAUUUUGUUUAAUUUUGCCAAUUACUCGCCCUCAAUCGCUAUGGAACUUAAAGUAAGAAAAGAAAUUACAGGUAAAUGACAAAAUCAGAGAUCUGAGUCAAACAAAUAUGUCUCCUGAGCAUUAUUUUUGACGAGUUGCAAGCAGCAGGGAUCAACUUUGAAAAACUGUUAGGCUGAACAUUUUUCGAAAACCCUAAUUUCAAUCCGUUUCAAUCUUCUUCAGUUUUGCCCAUCCGUGGCAUCUGUUGUUUCUGUUAUGUUAUUUUAACCUUCCUUUAAAGUUUUACGCGAUUAUUUUUUUGUUUCUCUUAAUUUGACGGGAAUUUUGUAAUUUCCUAAUUUGGCUGAACAUCGUGACACAGCUCCUUUAAAGUCUAGCUUUAACUAGCUAAAGUUGCUUUGUCUCGAUAUUUUUGACCAACUAGUUGGAUUUUACUAAAACAAUUAUUCCUCUCUCCCUCAUAGCCUCUGAGUCAAUAUCCCAUUCGGCCUUCGGCCUCAUAGGCUAUUCACUCAGAGCCCAUUCGGGCUCGAGGAAUAAUUGUUAAUUAGUUUUCCGUUUCAUUUGCAGGAUCUGCCAGGAAUGGAGAAUAUCCCUCUAAAACAACGUGAUCAACAAGAUCUUAGCAAUGGCGAACCAGUACAGAGCGGUGUAGAUGAUGAGAUGACUGGAGAGUCACCGACGACUACUCAGAAAGGUUUUGAAAGUAGUGCAUCAUGUGAUUGUGGAAAAACUGUUGAUCGCGCUUCGCGGUUCUUGUUCCCAUUUGUUUUUGUCGUGUUUAACGUCUUUUAUUGGUGGUAUUUUUUGAUCGAAUAACUCUCAAGACCAGGAAGCGAAAUUUAUGCAUAGGUGGUGCAAUGUACAGUUCAUAGUACAGGUCGCUGUGCGUACGCUGAAAAAAUGCUGAUUCAUCGCACCAUGUAAGGGUAUAUGGAUUCCGGAAUGCGGGGAAUGUUUGCUUGCGCAAUCCAUAUUCCAUGAAAAUUUUGCUUGUGGAAUGUGGAGUCCUGGGCUUUGGAAUCCGGAAUCCCUUAACGAUUAGAAUCCAGAAUCCAAGUUCCACUGACAAAGAAUAGAAUCUACUACCUGGAAUCCGGAAUCCACGGUUUGGAAUCCAGAAUUCCAGUCUUCGAUUUGCUUACAUGGGGCGAGAUUCAGGUCGUAGGGGAGACGGGCGGCUUGGCUAAGCUAGUUAUUUUCCUUUUGUUAAGCCUUUACUGUUACGAAUUUAGGCUUUUUAUUUCAAGGAGUGAUGGAACGUUGUUUUUUCACUUAAAACGCUAAGAACAAAGUGGAAUCAAAUAAUUACCUGUAAUAACAGAUCAGUUUGUUAUUUUGAAUUACUCUACCACUAUGUAUACGUCAAAUAGAACCGGAUAGAAAUUGCUGGCUAUAUACAGUUGAAGUUCAGUUUCUAAGCGGACACUCUCUCGACAAUCGGGCAGAUCUACUUACGGCUCCCUAGACGAAAGCCCUUCACAGUCCACUCUCUUUUAACGGACACCUCUAUAAGACUGACACCUCCGUAAAACCGACACCAAGAGUUGGUCCCUACCUUUCUUUACUCUCUUUAUUUGACUCUCUAUAAGACGGACUCUUAGUGACUCUCCCAGAGGUGUCCGUCUUAAAGAGAGAAGUGACUGUCGACCUCUCUGUUUGUAAAAAUCAUUCUCAUAAGCGGCAAGUUCUAGCUGUGGACGGUAUUUCUUUGAUUAACGCCAGUAUCGGCCCGUUUAGGAGAGUUUCGAGUGACG